CAAAUUUCAGUUCCCAUCUGCAACCAUGAAUUAAUUUAACAUUUACAAUUUUAAUCUAACUGAAGCAGACACGAGCCGUCUUUUAAUAUUAGAGGUUUUUUAAGGGACAAGUGUCAGUAUGCUUUUUCUCGACGUAAAGCGUUUUGGUGUUACGGAUAUAAUCAACCAGAAAGCUUUUCAUCUAAAAAAAAAAUGUAUAUUUGAUUAUGGCACGCGUUUAAUUAAGCUAAUCGGGUUUAACACCUACUUUUAAAUUUGUAGAAAGAGUCACCCCCGUGUUAGUAAAAUAUACAGCAUGCUUUAUUUUGUUGUGAGCCGAAAAUAAUGCUCAUUCAUUUGGGAUGUUGGCGGAAUGGGUGACAGGUUUAACAUUUCAGUAAAUUGGAUUUUCACAGGAUUUGAGAGACUGCUUCUACACAUUUUUUGCCUCAAUGAUUUCACAUCCUCCGCCAUUUUAAGUGAAAUGCUGUAGUUUUGUGCGUGUGUAGACUUGGUGUGUCACCGUUAUUGCCUUUUUUAUUCUAGGUAGCCUAAUGGAUGGCUGUUAAAAAGUCACAUGGGGUCGUGGUUGUUGAUGGAGGAAGGCAUCUCUGCUCUGCUGUUAUUGUGUAAAAUGGCACUCCUGAAAAUUGUUUUGUCUAACUUUAAGGAAACACCCAAGUAAAAAAAUUGAAGUCUUUUUUCUCUGGUUUUAUCUUUUAGUUUAAAAUUUAAAAAUCUUAGUUCAUAUGUGUAAAAUCCGUUUUUGAGGAAAAAUGGGAGGCAGUAAAUAUAAAGAGGAAAAAGUGUCCAUCAGCAGGAUUCUCCUUAUCCCUAUGGUUAUGUUAUGUAAAUAUGGUGGUGUCACUGAAUGUUAUGUGUUCAGAAACACUGUAGCACCAAAGUCGGCUCAAGUGUUUUAUUAUAGUUAUUUCCCCCCUUCUUAUUGAUGCUCUUAUGCAGUGUGUAAAUACCACGGUAAUAUCCUUAUAGUUAAUGAUAAAAGUGGGACAAAACCACUGUAAAAACAUUUUGAGAAGAGUUGCAGAAUGGAGGAUCUGUAAUAGCUUAACUGUAGAUUUCUGGUCAGUCAGCUUUAUUUUUACACUACAGCCCAAAAUCUGUGGAGGGGUUUACAAAAUAUGACAUCUUUGUACUUUGUACUGUCCCUCAUAUUCUUUGCUUUUCAGCGCUCCGCAGUAAGGGACAGGGACACUGUUAUGAGUGCCAAAGUGAACAUGGAGGCACCAUCUAAAGAACCCGACCGCACCCCUUUGGACCCAUCCUCUUCGUCCCCCAGCGAAGCUGUCCUCAUCUGUGGCAGUGACGGUGUGGCCAAGAAGGCUCGACCCCAGCCCCACACCACCACAACUCUGCUGCUACCAGCUCCUGUUCCCACCCAUCAGAAGGUGGAGGUGACUCCAGCUGUUGCCAUGGGUGACCCAGGUAAAGGAGGCAGGGGCAAUGAGACAACCACGCCAACCCUGACAGCACAGGUGGGCGGGGCUUGUAGCAUCGUCCACGUCCUAGAGUGGAAGGAGGGGAUGGCCAUCCUGCCCAGCAGUAACCUCAAGUUCUGUGUGAGUGACGUAGGUACUUUGAGCACACUGAUCACCCCAGGGACCACCAGCAACACCACUGAACUAGCAGCAGGGAUGUCUGGACGUACGGUUGAUGCAGAAAGUGCUCCAGCAGAUAAGCCAGAUGUGUCACUCCCUGUCAGCUCUGUGAGAGGUGCAGUUGUGGAGCCAGAGAGGUUGGUGCCGGUCAAACCUGAAGUCUAUGUUGGACCGGGACAACAGAACCAUGAGCUCAGACCUCAGAGGGUCUACACAGAGGAGCUACGCAGAGAGCCCAUCACUGACAAGAGGAGUGUUGGGGUGGAGAAGGUGCCGGCAGGUGGAAGAGUCUCCUCCCUUAACCCUGACCACCUGAAACCCAUGAGGAAGAGAAAGAGGAAGGAGUACUUGAGUCCCUCUGAGGAAGACUCCGACAUUGAGGGCACGGAUGAGAAAAUGGAUGAUUCUAAAGCAGAUGGAAGACACAUCCGAGGAGCUGGAGACAGUAAGACAGAGCAGUGGACGUGGGCUCAGUAUCUGCAGGAAACCAAAGCUGCUGCUGCUCCCAAUAUGUGUUUCCAAGAGUCCCAGAGAGUGCCAACAGUGAAGAACGGCUUUAAACAGGGGAUGAAGCUGGAAGGCAUCGACCCACAGCAUCCGUCCAUGUACUUCGUCCUCACUGUGGCCGAGGUCUGUGGUUACCGGCUGCGGCUCCAUUUUGAUGGCUACUCCGACUGCCACGACUUCUGGGUGAAUGCCAAUUCCCCUGACAUCCACCCUGCAGGGUGGUGUGAGAGCACGGGCCACAAACUGCACACUCCCAAAGGCUGCAAAGAGGAGGAGUUUACCUGGGCCAACUACCUGAGAAUGACUAAAGCACAAGUGGCUCCCAAAGAACUCUUUGCCAGUCCUGGGAGGAUGGAUGUGAAGUGUGGUUUCGAGAUAGGAAUGAAGCUGGAGGCUGUUGACCGUAUGAACCCCUCUCUCAUCUGUGUAGCAACUGUCACUGACGUGGUGGAUGACCGCUUCCUGGUUCAUUUUGAUAACUGGGAUGACACGUACGACUACUGGUGUGACGCCAGUAGUCCAUACAUUCACCCUAUUGGUUGGUGCCAGGAGAGGAACCUGCCCCUAACACCACCUCAAGGUGACAAAUAUUACCCAGACCAGGGCCGCUUCUCUUGGUCUCACUACCUGGAGGAGACUGGUUCCAAGGCGGUGGCUGCUGACACCUUUAAAGUGCGUGCCCCGCACAGCUUCCAGACUCAGAUGAAACUUGAGGCUGUGGACAAGAGAAGUCCUGGUCUGAUUAGAGUGGCCACAGUGGAGGACGUCGAGACUCACCGCAUUAAGGUCCAUUACGAUGGCUGGAGUCAUAUCUAUGAUGAGUGGAUGGACUCAGAUCACCCCGACAUUCAUCCAGCGGGCUGGUGUGAGGCGACCGGUCACCCACUUAAAGUUCCCCCACGGGACCCCAAAACACAGCAACCACAUGGUGUGAGGGAGCCUCCUGCUACAGGCCAGUCCACCUACCCCUCCUCUGUUCCCUGUAAACCCAUCAGCCACCCCAGAACCAACAAGUACAGCUUCCACAACAGGAAGUGUCCAACUCCUGGUUGUGAUGGUUCAGGCCAUGUGACCGGUCGUUUCACCGCCCAUCACUGCAUAUCUGGCUGCCCAUUGGCGGAGCGUAACCAGGGCAGGCUGAAGGCUGACCUGUCAGACUCAGAGUGCAAGAGGAACCUCUUCUUCGGCCAGAGGACCAAGAAGACCCAUUACCGUGGCAGGAUUGGUCGUCCUCCCAAAUACAGGAAGAACCAACAGAGAGAUUACCAGAACAUGUCCUCAGAGGGUGUGUAUCCAUCACUGUUCAUGUCGGCUCUAAGUGGACAGUCGGACAGGACUCUGUCUCUGUGCUGGGAGCAGCACUGCAAGCUGCUGCCCGGCGUUCAGGGCAUUCACGCCAACCAGGUGGCAGCAUGGAGCGUUGAAGAGGUCUUCAGAUUUGUCCAAACUCUAAUUGGGUGCGAAGAACAGGCUCGUCUCUUCAAAGAAGAGAUGAUUGACGGGGAGGCCUUCCUCCUGCUGACCCAGACUGACAUUGUGAAGAUCAUGAGCAUCAAGCUUGGCCCUGCCCUCAAGAUCUCCAAUGCCAUUCUCAUGUUCAAGAGCACGGACGAGGGGCUCAAGUGAUUUUGUCCUUAUUCACUGGGGAGUGUUGCGCCUGUCGAUCAUCAUGUGCCAAAUUCAUUCUGUUGCAGGGAAAAGACCCUGACCCCGUUUUCAUGUGUUUGACAUCCUGAACCCAUCAGAGAGAGAGAAAGAGAGAAAGAGGUUGAGGGGGAUAUAGGUAGAAAUAAAGGAGAGGUUGGAAGAAGAAGGGACAUUAGGAAAUACAAAUAUCUUUAGGAGUAAUGGAGGAAUGCCAUAAAGGCGACGAACAAAUCAGUGUGAAGGUCGGAAAGAAGGAGGCAGAGGCAGCUGAGGGGGAACAGCAGAUGUUUUCACAACUGGAAUCUGAGUUGUCAUAACCAAACCCCUGAAUGUCACUGGCAGUUUUUCACAUGUGCUACACUACAGUCUGUAGUGAAGCCUUAACGCUACAGUAUGUAACUUAAGGUAGCACUAGUAUGAAACUCUAAAUCAGUCCACUCUGCUCCGCCCAGCGUUCCCUCUCCCUGCUCCACUAUGCUCUUCUACGAUCUGCUACGCUCCGCCAUGCUCCGUCCAGCUCUUCAGGUUCAUUUGCCCUCAUGAAAUUACAGUAAAUGAGAAUGCAACAAAACUUAUUGAUUAAUCAGUAAUAACUGAAAAUCUUGGACUGGUUAUUGAUGCUAAUCUCACUCAAAACCUUUUAGGAACUAAUCUCUCUGCCAGUGCUGUUCAGUGAGUCUGGGUCACAGGAGGCUUCGAC